UGCCUUUGGUGAUCUCUCUCUUUAAAAGCACUCUUUUCUCUCUUCCUCCCGACAGAACCAGUAAAAUAUAUUCGAAAUUUGAAAUUUGAAAUUUGAAAUUUUGAGAGAGAUGGCAACAGCAUCAAGCAACAUGAAGGGUUUCUACAGGCAAAAGAAGAACAAGAAUAGUGGUAUCACAAAACCAACAUCGUCCAAGAAAUCAUCCCUUCAUCACAUUGCCUCUCUUGGCUCCGAUAUUACACAACCAACUGCCCAGGUUUCCCAUGGCUCUCCUGAUCAUAAAGAUUAUUAUGACGAACAUGAGGGACUGUUGAGACAAUUUGACAUGAACAUGGCAUAUGGGCCGUGUCUUGGGAUGUCUCGGCUUGCACGUUGGGAGCGUGCUCAACGUUUAGGUCUAAACCCACCGAAUGAAUUUGAGGGACUGUUGAAGGCUGAAAUGGUUCAAUCAGAAUGCUGGUGGGAUGGUCGCGUUUAGAAGUUCUAGUAUUAUGCUUUGGUGUAACAAUGGAAGCUAAUGUAUGACUGCAAGUUGUGCUUUUAAUUUGUAGUGUUCUGUUCAGCCUCUGGCUGUGUUAGUGUGAACUAGUGAAUUUGCUGAUCUUAAUCAAAUGCUUUUCUUGACGUAAA